AAAAAAAGAAAGUAGAAGAAUGUAAAUGAAAAAUUACUUUGAUUUGGCAGAGAGAGAUGAGAGGUAGAGAGAGAGAGAGACGUUGGGAAGACAGGCGAGCACGGGCAAGGCAGACUAUUCAGAGCAGAGGGUUUUCCGGUCAUGAGAAUCAGUUUACAACUCGGAAGGAGCAUGGAAGAAGGGAACCAUGGGGAUAUGACAGGGGAAUUUACAACCAAGCAACACCCUUUUUCUUCACGAACUUUCCCGAUGAUUGGAGCUACGGGGAUAUGUGGCGAACUUUUCUCAAAUUUGGGAGGGUUUAUGCCAUUCAUAGCCCACAGAGGAAAGGGAGGGAGGGGAGCAGGUUCGGAUUUGUAAGGUUUCUGGAGGUCAGAGAUGAAUGGGAGCUGGAAAGAAGGUUAAAUGGGAUAGUGAUUGAAAGUAUGAAACUGAGGGUGAACAGACCAAGAUACAAUGAGACCCAGAAGGCUACAAUAGAAGAAAGGAGGAAAGGAGGGAAGCUCCAACAACAGAGAAGCUAUGUGGAUGUAGUGAAAGACGGAAGAGAGGAAAAAGAAGGUGCGGUUGAAAUCAAAAGAAAAAGCCAGAUGAACAGAACAGACGGACAGCACAAAUUUCAAGCAUGGAGGACCAAGGAAAGAAGCAAUAACAGGGCAGGACUGGAGCUAAAAACCAUGAAGGAAGACGAAGAGUGGCUCCAGGAUUGCAUGGUCGGUACUGUUCACUCAAUCGAAGUGGUCCCAUUACUACAAGAAAGAUUUUACAUGGAAGGUUAUUUUACAUGCAAGGUCCGGCCAAUGGGUGGGAAGCUUGUCCUAUUGGAAGGAGGUGAUAAGGAUGAGCUAAGAGACCUGGUUGAAUUAGCAGCAGAUUGGUUAGCGCAAUGGUUUGAGGAGAUUCAACCAUGGAAGCUGUUGGGAAUCCCUCCAUCACCACUUGAACGCCUUGUGAGAAGGAGGUGAACAAUGGAUGGAACAUGGUGCGGUUUGUUGUUGUGUGGACUCUAUGGAUUAACAAAAAGGAGAAUGUGUU